UAUAAGCAGACCUGGGAAGAUAGACAAAAGAGUGACUACAAUGACUUCAGCAGUCCUGGUGGACAUCCGAGAUGAAGUCACUUGCCCUAUCUGCUUGGAGCUCCUGACAGAACCCCUGAGCAUAGAUUGCGGUCAUAGCUUCUGCCAGGCCUGCAUCAUAGGAAACAGUGAUAAUUCAGUGCUCGAUCCAGAAGGGAAGAGCAGCUGUCCUGUGUGCCGGACCGUCUACCAGCCUGGGAACCUCCGUCCUAACCGGCACCUGGCCGCCAUAGUGAAAAGGCUCAGAGAAGUGGUGUUAGGCCCUGGAAAACAGCUCGAGGUCAUUUUUUGUGCGCUUCAUGGAGAGAAACUUCAACUUUUUUGCAAGGAGGAUGGGAAGUUAAUUUGCUGGCUUUGUGAGCGAUCUCUGGAGCACCGUGGUCAUCACACAUUCCUCAUGGAGGAGGUAGCACAGGAGUACCAGGACAUGUUCCAGGAGUCUCUGAAGAAGCUGAGGAGGGAGCAGCAGGAAGCCGAGAAGCUAAAAGCUCUUAUCCAAGAGAAGAGGGAAUCCUGGAAGAGUCAGAUGGAGCCUGAGAGACACCGGAUCCAGACAGAGUUUAAUCAGCUCCGAAGCAUCCUGGACAGGGAGGAGCAGCGGGAACUGAAGAAACUGGAAGUGGAAGAGAGGAAGGGGCUGAGCAUCAUAGAAAAGGCCGAGGGUGACCUGAUCCACCAGAGCCAGUCACUAAAAGACCUCAUCUCAGACCUGGAGCACCGGUGCCGGGGGUCCACAGUGGAACUGUUGCAGGAUGUGGGUGACGUCACAAAAAGGAGUGAGUUCUGGACCUUGAAGAAGCCCCAAGCUCUCCCCACCAAGCUGAAAAGUUUGUUUCGAGCCCCGGAUCUGAAGAAGAUGCUGCGAGUCUUUAGAGAGCUGACAGACGUCCAAAGCUACUGGGUGGACGUGACUCUGAAUCCACAGACGGCUAAUUUAAAUCUUGUCCUGUCGAAAAACCGGAGACAGGUGAGGUUUGUGGGUGCCAAGCUGUCGGAGCCGUCUAGUCUGGAAGAACAUUAUGACUGUAGUGUCCUGGGUUCUCAGCACUUCUCCUCAGGAAAAUACUACUGGGAAGUGGAUGUGACCAAGAAGACGGCGUGGAUCUUGGGUGUAUGCAGUACCCCUGUGGAACCCAUGUUCUCCUUCAGCCAGUACUCCAGCAAGCAGGGAGCCUACUCUCGGUAUCAGCCACAGAGUGGAUACUGGGUGAUAGGUUUGCAGCGCAAGCACGAGUACAGAGCCUAUGAGGACUCCUCCCCAUCCCUACUCCUCUCCAUGACGGUGCCACCUCGACGCAUAGGGGUUUUCUUAGACUAUGAGGCUGGCACGGUCUCCUUUUAUAAUGUCACAAACCAUGGCUUGCCCAUCUACACCUUCUCCAGGUAUUACUUCCCUACUGCCCUUUGUCCGUAUUUUAAUCCCUGCAGCUGUGUAGUCCCGAUGACUCUGCGGCGCCCAACUUCAGCCUCAGAGGUGAGGACAGGAAGGGACAGGGGCAGCAUAAUGGCCUCAACAGAUCAGACAGAUGUACAGAAGGAGGCCACUUGCCCUGUCUGCCACGUGCUUUUGAUAAAACCCUUGAAUCUAGGCUCUGGCCACCAUGUAUCCCAAGCCUGCCUCACCGUGAAGAAGACUGCAGUGACCAACCCCAGACGGAAAAGCGUCUGUCCUAUGUGUGGCAAUAGAUUCUCAUUUGAAAAUCUACAGGCUCAUAAGCAUCUGGCAGAUGUAGUAGAGAGACUCAGGGAAGUCAAGUUGAGCCCUGACAUUGGGGAAAAGGGAGAUCUCUGUGUACACCAUGGAGAGAAACUCCUUCUCUUCUGUCAAGAGGACAAGAAGGUCAUUUGCUGGGUUUGUGAGCGUUCUCAGGAGCAUCGUGGUCACCACACCUUCCUCCGGGACGAAGCAGUCAGGGAAUGUCAGGAGAAUCUCCAGAAAGCUCUCCAGAGGCUGAGGAAGGAGCAGGAGAAGGUGGAAACAUUGGAAGCUGACAUCAAAGAAGACAGAAUUUCCUGGAAGCACCAGAUCCAGACCGAGAGACAAAGGAUCCAAACAGGCUAUAAUCAACUUAGAAGAAUCCUGGACAAGGAGGAACAGAACGAGCUGAAAAGACUCAGGGAAGAGGAGCAGAUGAUACUAGACAGCCUGGCAGGGGCAGAGGCUGAGCUGGCUCAGCAGAGCCAGUUGGUGGAGGAACUCAUCUCAGAUCUAGAGCGUCGGUGUGAGUGGUCAGACACAGAGCUGCUGCAGGAUGUAAGCGGUAUCUUGAAAUGGAGUCAGAUCUGGACACUGAAGAAGCCAAAAGCAGUUUCUAAGAAACUGAAGAUGGUAUUCCAAGCUCCUGAUCUAAGUGGCAUGCUACAAAAGUUUAGAGAGCUAACAGCUGUCCGGGCCUACUGGGCGGACUUCACGUUUAAUCCAGAAAACCUAAAUUUGAAUCUUAUUCUUUCAGAAGAUCAUAGACAAGUGACAUCUGUGCCCAUUUGGCCCUUUAAGUGUUGUAAUAAUGGUAUCUUGGGCUCCAAAUGUUUCUUGUCAGGAAAACAUUACUGGGAAGUGGAUGUGUCUGAAAAGAAUGCCUGGACCCUGGGAGUUUACUCUAGAAAACGUACUUUGAAGUUUGAUGUUAGACGAUGCAGCAAAAGUCAGCCAAAUGGUUACCACAGAUACAAACCUCAGAAUGGCUACUGGGUUAUAGGGUUACAGGAUGGAUCAAAGUAUAGUAUCUUUGAGGAUUCUUCCAACUGUGACCCUACAGUUCUGAACCCCUUUGUGGCCACCCCUCUCCAUCGGAUUGGGGUUUUCCUUGACUGUGAAGAGGGCAUAGUGUCCUUCUUCAAUGUCACAAACCACGGGUCGCUCAUUUACAAGUUUACCCAAUGCCGCUUUUCCCAACCUGCCUAUCCAUACUUCAAUCCUUGGGACUGCCCAGCCCCCAUGACCCUCUGUCCUCGGAACGCCUGAGUUUUCUCGUUCUCAUCAGUUUCUGAUCUUCCUGCCUUGACGCUCACCUUCUGGAUGUACCUGUGCGGUUUGGGCACCUCUUUCCAUAGUCUCCUUUCUGUCGUGCUUGGAUGUGGUAUAUCCGACAUCAUUUAGAAAAGAUGCUUACCACUUACUCUAACUCAUAUUCUCAAAGACAGUGAGUCAAGUCUAAAGCUGGGUCAGUAUAACAUCUGUGCCCUCUGACUUCCAUAUUUCCCUUUGUCUUGAAGAAAGUUGACAAAGUCUGUUAGGCACUAGCUCAUUGCUGCUGUUUAAGACAUUCCGUAAGAACUGGCCCCUGGCCACAACUAAUGAAUUUUUAACAAUGUGUUGCUCAGGAUAUGUCAUGUUCAACAGGAAGUCAAGGAAUAGGUAACGUGAACAGCAAUAUGUAGCCUAGAGUUGAGGAUAUGUCUAGUAUCAAAUUCAAAUGCUGCAUCUUGUAAACUAAUAAAUUCUGAGGUUCUUAAACUAAAAAUUAAAGUGCAUCUGACUUAAGAUCAUUGUAUGAAACUAGAGAUUUGUAAAUAUAAAAUACCCACUUGACUGCCUGGUCCAUAAGAAACAUGGUCCUAUAGUCCUUUGUACUCAAUGAAAUAUCUUGUUGGAGUAUUUUAAAUACCUGUUGUCUUCAAAUGCUAGUUUUUCUUCCUUGCCAGUUUGAUUUCAUAUGUAUAACCUCAUGUGGAGUGUGUCUGGUUUUAAAAAUAAAAGGUUGGUCUUCAGUG